AUGCGUUGCCUGCGGAUUGGCAAGGACGACGUGUUCAACGACUGGAAGACGGACAUGAAGCGUGCUGCGGCGGUGAAGGACAGCGAGCAAGCUGCCCGGUAUGCAGCCACCGUACGACCAGCCGUGGCACUGGCUCGGUACGUACGAGCUGACAAGAGGAAUGGUAUGCGUCAGAACGAAGAAGGCAACAUGCGUGAUGUCGGUGAUGGCGCAGGACGACAAGGUGGUGCGCGUCGUAGUGGAGAAGGCGCAAUUCUCCGAAGCAGCGACGUGCUUAUUGGUGACAGUGGUGAAGCGCGUGAUGGCAACAGCGUGGAGCAUGACGGUGACGUCGUGUCCAGCGCUGGAGAAGGCGCCAGUGUCAACGUGGUGAAUAAUGACGACGACGCGAGUCUGACGUCAACGGGGUGCGAGAAGGAUAAGGACCAUGAGUAUGACGUGGAGCAAGCGCGAGCAGUUCGACAACUGGCCAAGCAUCAGAAGAAACGAGAGCGAGUGAAGCGAACAUCUGCUGUACGACAAGCGGUAGCCCGUGAAGAUCGAAGACAAGAAGCUGUGGUGUUGGAAUCCCCACAUGAACUCUAG